CAAGCUUUUUUACAAACAGUUAUAAAGGACAACAGUGGGAAAACACAAAAUUAUCUAUAUCUUAAAUCUAGACAUUUUUCAGACGUUUAUAAGAAAAAUAAUAUAAAAAUGCAAGGAAAGGGAUGAAUAGAUUGUCUCAGUAUCAUUCCUCCAUGUCCCCUGUAUCCCCUGUAUCCCCUCCUCCCUCCCUGCCUAGGAAAGGUAUCCUAGUAUCCUCUCCUUCCUCUCUCCUUCAACCCUUCAACCUUAACUCAGGGCCUCAAUCUUUACCCUGGUCUGGAGUUUCAGUAGGUUCUAAGUCCGAGUUUAACUCUGUAACGUUCAAGGAGAACAGUUUAACCUGGGAGAAGAAAAUACCCAGGUUGGAUCCAUGGAGGAGAGAGGAGAAGGAGAUAGUUCCCAGGUUGGAGCAAAUCAGAGUUACAGAUAAAUCGAAUCGGUUCCACAGUGAUACAAGCAACCCGGAGCAGAAGAUAAAAUCAGAGUAUGUCGGGUUGGAUGAGAAGAGAAAGAAGGGGCUCCGGGUACCCUGGUACACUGCACUGGAUGAAGAUAUCUCAGACCAGGGGAGUAGGUUCUCUGAUUCCCGGGGUGGAAGAGGAGGAGGAGGAGAAGGAGGAGACCAAGAUAAACCUAGGACCCGUCGUGUACUCAGAAACCAGGGUAUAGACGGAGAAAGAGUAGGACGUCUGGCAAGUUUAAGUAUUGCAGAUAUGUCUCCGAAACUUGCUCUUCAGAGGAUACUCACCCUCUGGCAGCGGAGACAGUAUAGAGAAGCCGCGGCAUUUCUCAGGCGUCUCUCCCUUGCAACCUUUAAGCAGGUUUCUUCCUCUCUCCCUACAGAACAUUUUGUAGACUGUCUCCCGCACUCUUUACCCAUCCUGGAGGCUUAUUAUUCUAAACUAUUCCUAGCAGGAGGACAGAAGAGUAGGACGAGUGCUCAGGUGUCCCCGGAGACUGUAGUCUGGCAGCUUGUCAAGUUCUUCGCCAGUCAGGAGGAUCAAACCCUAGUCUCCAGGGAGGGCAGAUGGGAGUUCUGUGGUCCGUUCAUGAAUACCUGUAAACGUCUUCUCUCAGUCCUCAUCUCAGUAGAUCCUAAUAUACGGAGAAUAGUUGGGGAGAGAAAAAAGAUUUUGACGAGAACUAUAGAAGGAUUAGGACAGCAUGGUAUGGUUGGAACCUCAGACCAAUCUCUGAUGAACCUCCAUGAUGCGCUCAGAAUAGAACUACAGAAGGUGAAAGACCAGUUCUCCAGUGCGCUGAGUAAACUUGAUGAGCUCGCUUUAUCAGGGAAGGAACCGGUCACGAAUUCAGGUUCAUGUAAGGUUCCGGUUCUAUCAGGUCAUCAGAGACAGCUUUCACUUCAUCUUGUACAGGUUCAGGAGAGAUUGAUAAAGAACAAGUCUCUGCUGACUACAGUUGAACCUGCUGUUUCCUCAACUAGUCUAGAGGUACUACUGGGUAUACUGGAGCGAAGGGUUCAGCUGGAUAAGGAGGUAAUGUUCCAGUUUACAAGCAUCAAGAGAGAAACAAGCCUAGUUGGGAACCUGGAGUCAGACCCUGCAGUUGCUCCGAUACUCAUGAAGUUCCAACGAGGUUGUCACCAGGUUUUGGAACUUAUCCGCGAAAUCAAGGAGGAGGAAGAGGAGGUUGCUGAACCUGGGAGUGAUAUCUCCGGGUACCAUUCAGAUUCAGACUCUGCGAUCAUGAUGUCUGGAAACUCUCCGUUCGUUUCUAAAAAUGCAAGAUCUAACUUUUUGUUAAGAUCAGUGCGCGUAGGGAGCAAGGAUAAACCUCUGAUUAGUAUAAAAGAGGAACCUGGAUAUCUCUCCUCAUCUAGUGGGUUCUCCUCCCUCCCACCCUCCGCCUCUUUAAACCCUUCUCCUUCCACCUCCUCGGCUUCUCCGCCCAGCUCCUCCUCCAGUAUGCAGGAUAGUGAUAGUAGUGAGGGGGCAGAGAUUAAGAAGGAUACCUUGAGGUUUACUGGGAGAGGGAAGGUUAAGCGAGGAACGGGUGGAGGAGUGCAGUGUUUGAAGUGCGAGGACGGAGAAGCAGAAUCCUUGAGGAUUGAGGUUGAGAGGUUGAAGAAUGAGCUAACCGCUACCCGACAAACCAUUGUGAGGAUGCAUGAACGAGAAGACAGAGUUAAACAGAGGAUAAUAGAUAUGCAACUAAAGGAGGAAGAUAUUAGUAUUUCUUCAACUGGGAGCCAGGUUUAUUUAUCCGCGACCCACGGAGUAAGACUGGUUGCCAAGUAUGGAGAACUGUAUAGUAGAACCCGACUCCGAACCCUGGCAAGCCUAGACGCACUCCCUGAGCUCUCCUCUGCCGGAGAACUGAAGAAUAAACUUCUCUUCUCUGUUGUAGUUCUAGCUUUCCGUUCUGUCAAGCAGACAAUAAGUUCUACCAAACUUCAGAUUAAGAAAACACUAAAUGUUCCUCCUGGUACUGAGUUGGAUCCAGCAACAAAGGAUCUGAACUCCUGUAUUGAUAGAUUUCUCUGCUCAGGAUAUCAAUCCUCAGGCUUCAGACAAAUGUGCGAUGAAGUUAUGAAUCAAAUUUGUUCGACAUUAUUUGAUUACCCUGGGAUACGACACUGUGAACAAUUAUCCAAUUAUAUCAGAGAAACUGUCUCCGUAGCCUGGCAACUCAGUACUCAUAAACCUGCAUACUAUAUUGAAUAUGAGGAGAGAACCUUCCUACCGGACUUGAUGGUUAGGACGGGAGAGAGAAGAGAAGGGAGUAGAGUCUCCACAUAUAUCUGGCCAGCUCUACGGGAAGGAGAUGGCGAUCUAGUUUAUAAAGCAGUUGUGGUAACCACACAGUAAUAUACUGUGGUCAACCAACCAUGACAAUUAUCUGCAUCAGAAAGACGUGGUUACCACACUAUUUAGUUGUGGUUACCACACUAUUUAGUUGUGGUUACCACACUAUUUAGUUGUGGUUACCACACAAUUAUGUUGUAGUGGUUACCACACAAUCAUGUAAUAGUGGUUACCACAUAAUCAUGUAGUAGUGGUUACCACAUAAUCAUGUAGCAGUGGUUACCACAGAGUCAUGUAGUAGUGGUUACCACAUAAUCAUGCAAUAGUGGUUACCACAUAAUCAUGUAGUAGUGGUUACCACAAUUAUGUGGUUAACACAAUUAUUUAGUUGUGGUAAAAACACAGCACUAAGCCAAAACAUUCCACAAUAUGAAGAGUUGAAGCUCAAUAUCAAUAUAUCCAUAUAGUAGUGGGAACUCAAUACUAUCCGGUUUUUAAUAUUAGAGACAUUGAUAUGAACCAGUUUGUGGUACGUUAAGUACCUAGAAAUAUGGUGGAAUAAAACCCAGUUUUGAAAAUAUAAACAUUAAAUCUAGUCGAAAUAAUAUUACCUAGUCAAAACAUUGGCUUUUACAGCUAUCUACCAAGGACCACCGAGCUCUAAAGGAUUAAUUUUUGAUGUUAGGUACUUAUCCAAGGGAUUUUUCCCAUGCGACAACUUCCCAAAGGUUCAAUUUCCCAAGCGGCAACUUCUCAAGCCUGUGCUUUCCGCAGCCCUCGGCCCUCAGCCUGUUUUAACCUCGGUGCUUAGCUCCCUAGCCAAUCCUAGCCGCAGCACUCAGCCCCCGUUGGAGCCUGCGGGGCCUCAGAGGGCCUAACCUAACCUCUGGGAAGUUGCAGCUUGGGAAAUUGCACAUUCGGGAAGUUGCCACUUGGGAAAUUGUCACUUGGGAAGUCGCCCUUUGGAAAAGUAACUAAAACCUAAUUUAUUGUGGGCUCAUAUUGGAGAUUUGAAUACAGUUUAUUUUAAGACAAUUAAAUACGAUUCCAGGAUCGGAAAAUUAAAAAACUUCUGGAAUAUUUUAUUUGGUUUUUAUAUAAGCAGAUGUUUUUUAAUGAAAAUUAUA